AUGGCAUCGGUGACUUGCCCGAUAUGCGUCGAGAAGAUUGAUUCUCAUGACCGCAGGUUUUUCCCCUGCCCCUGUGGAUUUCAGACUUGCUUUUGGUGCUAUCGUAAGUUGCGUGACACUACGAAUGUGUGUCCGAAGUGUCGUCGGGACUACGUGGAUGAGAAUAUAAAGUUGCGGAACAUUACGGAGGCUGAGAAGGAGCAAUCGGUUCCAUCGGAUACUUCGUUUGGUCGGAGUUCGGACGAGGAGGAGGACGGUUCGACAACGUCUUCAUCAACGGUGAAGUCUUCACGAGUACUGGCAACUCCAGUGGUGGAGGGUGGUGCCGCAAAGCCGGGUAAGAAGAAGGCUGUGGACCGGCGGUUGUCUUCAUUACGAGAUGUGAGGGUGGUUCGUCGCGACUUGUGUUAUCUAGUGGGCCUACCUUUGGAGGCUGUGGCGGAUGAGAGUAGAUUGAAGGAAUUUGAGUUCUUUGGUAAGUAUGGUAAGGUGGUGAAUAUCAUUGUUAAUCGGAACCCGAAUUUCAAGUGUCCGGAUAAGAAACGUUCGUGUGCGGUAUACAUAACUUACGCAACACGUCUGGAGGCGAAGACGGCUAUAUUGGAUAGUGAUGACUGUCUGUUCGAGGGACGACGGCUACGGGCCAGCUAUGGUACGACUAAGUACUGUAGUAGUUAUUUGCGGAAUCAACGUUGUACCAAUAAGGCUUGCUUCUACUUACACGAACGAGGCGCCCUUCAAGAUAGCUUUACUGUCGACCAGCUCAACCACGUCAAGGAACAAUCCCGAAACCUCACUUGCUCCGCCAUUCUCGGCGACGAACUCAACCAGGGCGGCCACCAACGGUGCGCUGCCACCGGUGUGUCGCUCUUCGGCAAAUCCCGCCGUGAAGUCGUCGACUACUACGCCUCCAUCGACCCUGUUGCCGAAGACCUCCUGGUCCUGCCCUCCGUUUUGGAAGAUGUCGUCACCCGAAAACAGGCACUCAACAGAAACCCCCUCGCGAAGGGAACCCCCCAACUCAACGGGAACAAUCAGCUCAAUAAAGAUGCACGACUCAGCCCUGCUCGACUGGAAAAUACAGGUCAACUGGGCAGUACGGGUCAACAGAACGACCUUCCGUUGGCCCACGACGUUCCUCUUACCGGAAACAAUCUUCCGGUGAGUGGCGAGGGCAAAGAGCUCGUGGUUGUUUCGCAGGUGGCGAAAGCAGAGACCAUGGCGGCGCGACUACGCAACUCCGCCCACAAAAUACUUCAGAAAGCGAAAAGCAUUGACCAUGGAACGGCAACCCCGGCGACGGCGACCACGACCGCUGUAUAUAGGACUGCUUCUGUUGAUCAACAAAGUCGCUCCCUCGAGGCCGGCAGCUUCGACGAAAGCAACCAGCCGAUGAAAAAUGGCCUGAGACAUGGCAGUGACAGUAUGGUAGUGGGGUCGAUGAUCGCAGUUGCCUUUAUCCCCGAACCACCAUCUACAUACCAUACGAUUGUGCACCCUGCACUGCAAAGAGAGUGGGGCUGGGGCAUGUCUUCUCAGAAUUCGAUGGAUUGGAGUCUGAAGGCGUUGGUAUCACCACUGAGUCCCAAGGACGGACAAGUUGGACCACCUCGAGAUGGUCCCAGUCGCCUGCUGAAGAGAUCAUGCGUGACAUCAGCGGACUUAACGGCUACCUAUAGUCGUGACUAUAACCACUGGAAAGCACGAGCCGUAGCAUAUCCUCCCGGCCUAUAUUGA